AGCAAGUUUCUAAACAAGAUCUGAAGGGAGGAAAUCGAAGAGGUCGAGAAGGGAAACACCUGCUGUGUGUGUGUUUUUACUUUUUAAACAACACUGGUUUUCCCCUCGACUUUUAAAAAGUUGCCAUGUGAUCCUCCAGCCGAUCUCAGCCAGAAUGUCAGCCGGCAUUUGCGCGUUUUCCCCCGGUAAGCGACACCCCCUUUCCUCGGUGUCUUCCAACUGAACCGCAACACGUCGACUUUCUUUUCCCCCAUCCUGUUAUAAAUACAGUUUCCAGGGAGUUUCCACAGGGGGGAAACAUGCGCUCUUUAGCCGGACUUGGUGCCCUUGUGGCGGCUGCGAGUUUCUUUCUCUACCUGCUGUCCACUCAUCUCCCCCCGGGAACCAAGCACCUUCAGCCGGCCUCUGAGGGGGAGGAAGAGACGGUGGAGGAGUACAGUCUGAAGUUCCCGUCGGACCUGGACUCUCUGCGGGAGCUCGCUGAGAUGCUGAAGCUUUAUAAACGAGAACAUUACAGCUACGUCCUGCUGCUGUUCUGCAGCGCGUAUCUCUACAAACAGUCCUUUGCUAUACCCGGAUCCUCCUUUCUGAACAUGUUAGCCGGAGCGAUCUUCGGGCCCUGGGAGGGUCUCGUGCUGGCCUGCCUUCUGACCACGGUGGGCUCCACCUUCUGCUUCCUGCUCUCCUCAGCGUUCGGGAAGCAGCACGUCGUUCACUUCUUCCCCGACAAGGUGGCUCUGCUGCAGAGGAAGGUGGAGGAAAAUCGUAGCAGUUUGUUCUUCUUCCUCCUUUUCCUCCGUUUCUUCCCCAUGACUCCUAACUGGUUCCUGAACAUCACGUGUCCCGUCCUCAACAUCCCGAUGCCCAUUUUCUUCUUCUCUGUGUUAAUAGGUUUGAUCCCCUAUAACUUCAUCUGCGUCCGAACGGGCUCCAUCCUGUCAGAGAUCUCCUCUCUGGACGAUAUCUUCUCCUGGGCGACUCUGGCUCAGCUGUUAGCCAUCGCCCUCAUGGCUCUGCUGCCCGGAGCCGUGAUCAAACGCUACGGAGAGGCUCACCUCAGGGUGGAUGGCAUGGACGGAGAGGAUCAGAUCAGGAAGGAACGAUGAUUCUGAGAAGAAGGAGCAAUAAACUGGAAACUGAUGUCUUACGAUACUGAAGCUUGAUCAAGGAGGAUUGACAGACAAAACAACCAGAACAACUGAGAUGUUCUGCCACCACCAACACUUAUGAAGCCUUUCUUUUCACAUAAUGAUCAGAGACAGCCAGGGUCAGGAAGGAGCAGAAGGAACGGG